UCAGACGAGUCAAGCGAGCCGCAGCUAUCCGAGGGAUUUAAACCGUUAUUCACCGCUGUCAACGCCCGGAGCUCUCUCUCUCUCUCUCUAUCUCCUUGGAUCUGAUUUCACCUGGGAUUAUUACUGUUAUUUAUUCUUUCAAACGAUGAACAUGAAGAUGUAAUUGAGUCUUGCGCGUGCAGAAUAAAGAACAUUGGAGCGCGCUCUUUAAAAUCAGGUGCAACCAAGGCAACAGAUGAAAACGGCACUAAAACCAGCUGAAGAAUGAAGCUGAAAGAGUUUUGAAAACAACAGAGAACAACACGUGAUGUAAAAAGGAAAACACCACUAUUAAUCCUUGAGAUUUCCAACCCAGCAUACAGAGUGCCAAACUUCCAGCGUGCCGACCGCUUGUCUUCAGCCUGUGGGGCCGUGGCUCUCCAGACAGGUCAAAGGUCAUCUGCAAAAUGACGCCAGCCGGCCACCUGCCCUACCUGUCCACCUUGCUCUCCCUGAGCGCCCUGCUGCUCUCUCCGCUGCUUACUGGAUCACUGGCCUUAUCUCCGCCCAGGUUUACAAAAGUACCCGUGGACAUGAUUGGUGUCUCUGGUGGUGUUGUGUCGUUCGUAUGCCAAGCCACAGGUGACCCCAAACCAAGAGUAACCUGGAACAAGAAAGGAAAGAGGGUCAACUCGCAACGCAUCGAGACGAUAGAAUUUGACGAAGGUGCGGGAGCCGUUUUGAGGAUCCAGCCUCUCCGAGCGCCGCGAGACGAGAACAUCUACGAGUGUGUGGCGGAAAACAGCGAAGGCGAAAUCAAUGUCCAAGCUAAGCUGUCGAUCAUUAGAGAGGAUCUACUUCCUGUGGGCUUCCCUAACAUUGACAUGGGCCCUCAGCUGAAAGUGGUUGAGCGUACGCGCACAGCGACCAUGCUCUGCGCUGCCAGCGGUAACCCUGACCCAGAAAUCACCUGGUUCAAAGACUUCCUCCCCAUCGACCCCAGCACGAGUAAUGGGCGAAUCAAACAGCUAAGAUCAGAGGGUACUCCUAUCCGAGGUGCUCUUCAGAUCGAAAACACAGAAGAAACGGACCAGGGGAAGUACGAGUGUGUGGCGUCUAACGUGGAAGGCGUCCGAUACUCUUCCCCUGCCAACCUGUAUGUGCGAGUUCGACGCGUGCCCCCACGAUUCUCCAUCCUUCCUACGAGCCACGAGAUCAUGCCAGGUGGUAGCGUCAACAUCACCUGCGUCGCUGUGGGCUCACCCAUGCCCUACGUCAAGUGGAUGCUUAACUCUGAGGACCUGACACCUGAAGAUGAGAUGCCAGUAGGAAGGAACGUUCUGGAAUUAAACGCCGUCCGAGAGUCAGCCAACUAUACCUGUGUGGCCAUGAGUAGCCUGGGCAUCAUCGAGGCUGUGGCUCAAAUCAUCGUCAAGUCAUUGCCAAAACCUCCUGGUACACCUGUCGUAACAGAAACUACCGCCACCAGUAUCACCAUCACCUGGGACAGUGGCAACCCUGAGCCAGUCUCCCAUUACAUCAUCCAGUAUCGUGCCAAGUCUCCCGAGAGCAAGUUUGAGACUGUGGACUCCAUCACAACCACUCGUUACAGUAUCGGAGGACUUUCUCCGAACACAGAUUAUGAGAUCCGCGUGUCAGCCUUCAAUACUAUUGGCCAGGGCCCACCCAGUGAACCGGUUGAGGCUAGAACUGGGGAACAAGCUCCUGCAAGCCCACCAAGGAAUAUCCAAGCCCGUAUCAUCUCCCAGAACACAAUGAUGGUGCGCUGGGAUGAACCCGAGGAACCCAAUGGACAGAUCAAGGGUUAUCGGGUCUACUAUACCAUGGAUCCAUCUCAGUCCAUGAGCAUGUGGCAGAUCCACAAUGUCCAGGACAGCGUGAUCACCACCAUUCAGAGUCUGGUGCCCUCAGAGACCUACACCAUCAGAGUGUUGGCCUUCACUUCAGUAGGAGAUGGACCCUUCUCAGAUCCCAUUCAUGUCAAAGUGCUUCAAGGAGUUCCUGGACAGCCAACCAACUUCCAGGUUGGUGAGGUUUCAGACACAAGCAUUAAGCUAACAUGGGAACCAGCCUUCGAGAAAGAGGGAAUCAUCAGUUACGAACUGCUUUACAAAGAGGGCAAUCAAGGACUUCAGGUAAAGAAAACAUUUGGUCCAACCUCUUCCUAUGUGGUGGAGGGUCUGCGUGCAAAUACAGAGUACUACUUCUCUCUGGCCGCCGUCUCCAACAAAGGCAUUGGAGCCUUCACCAAUGAAAUAUCCCAAAGGACUUCACAAGCCAAGCCCUCUGCCCCCCCUCAAGACAUUAAGUGCACCAGCUCUAGCUCCACCACCCUGCUGGUAAGUUGGCACCCUCCGCCCGCUGAGAGCCAGAAUGGGGUGCUGGCCGGGUACAUAGUGCGCUACGUGGUGGUGGGGGCCGGGGCAGAGGUCAACGCGGAGCCCGCGGAGGAGCCGGCGGUACCGCCAACCUCCAGCCAGAUUCUGCUGCAGCGGUUGGAGAAAUGGACCACGUAUCGAGUCACCGUGGCGGCUACCACCAGCGUGGGUCCGGGCCCUGAGAGCCAGCCUCUGCUAUGCCGCACGGACGAAGAUGUUCCCGGGGCCCCCCCUCGCCGUGUGGAGGUAGAAGUUCUCAACUCCACCGCCAUCAAGGUGAUGUGGCGCUCCCUGUUGCCAGGGAAACAGCACGGGCAGAUCCGCGGCUACCAGGUGCACUACGUCCGCGUCGAGAAUGGCGAAUCCCGUGGCCUGCCCCUCAUCAAGGACGUCAUGCUAGCCGAUGCACAGUGGGAAAAAGACGACACGGCUGAAUACGAGAUGGUCAUCGGGGGCUUGCAACCUGACACCACCUACUCCAUUACCGUGGCAGCCUAUACCACCAAAGGAGACGGUGCCCGCAGCAAACCCAAGCUGGUGGUGACUAAGGGAGCAGUGCCUGGGCUUCCCUUUCUCUCAGUCAACCAAAUCUCGGAGACUUCUGCAUUAGUACGCUGGCAGCCACCGGAGUUCUUCGCUCCAGGUCUCGAGGUGCAGGGCUAUCGGCUACAGUUCGGCCGAAAGGACAUAAGCCCUUUGGCCACACUGGAAUUUGGUCCUCAGGAACUAGAAUAUUCCAUUAGCAAUAUCCACCAAGGGGCCACGUAUAUCUUCAAAGUCUCUGCCAAGUCCAAAUCGGGAUUUGGCGAAGAGGCUACAAGAGAGCUAAGUGUCCCAGAGGAAGUACCUCGAGGGUACCCUCAAAUAACCGAAGGAUCCAACAUUACCUGCUGCUCACUUCAGUUCGCCUGGCUCCCUCCAGUGCUAGCCGAGCGCAAUGGCGCUAUAACGGAAUAUACGCUGGCGUUCCAAGAGGCCGGUACUGCAGGUGGACCGAAGGAAUUGCGUCUGCCAGCAAGUGAGAAUAGCUACACCCUCAACAGCCUGAGGCCCAACGCAGUGUACGACGUGAAAAUUCGAGCACACACCAGUGUAGGUCCAGGGCCCUACAGCCCAUCGAUCCAGUAUCGAACAGUGGCCUUCGAAGCAGAUGUUCCCAAGAAUUUCACAGUGAAGCUGGUCACAAAGACGACGGCACUGCUCACUUGGAAGUUUUCCGAUAGUCGUUCCCCGCACCACUGCAACAUUGAAUACAAUCGACAAAAGGUUGCUGUUGACGCUAGGAUGACCAAAACUCUCAUUUCCAACCUGCGGCCCAACACCACCUAUGAGUUCAGAAUCACGUGCCAGGAGAACAGUGAGGGUGGACCCAAACACAAGCUUGUCGCCAGAACAGCCCCACCUAUCCUGAUCCGAAAGCCUGAGUUGGACCUGAAAAGAGAGCCAGACAGCACCUUGGCCAUUCUCUUCCCACCACUAGAAACCAAAGACAUGAUCAAGGCCAUCUACGUUGUGGUUGUUCCACUGAAGAAGGGUAGAGGACCAAUCAGACACAUUAAAACUCCCGAUGAGCUGGACCUUGAAGAGAUUUUGGGCGAGAGAAGGCUCAGUCAGCGUCACGCCCGCACCACCCGUCAACUUAAGCAGGUGGAUGGUAAGAGGCCCUACAUCGCUGCCAGCUUUAAGCCUUCAUCCAUGCCAUCAUCAUUCACCCUGGGCAACCAGAUGGUGUACAGCGGCUUUGAAAACAGGGCAUUGGAUCCUGGGCAGGAGUAUGUCUUCUUCAUCCUAGCCGAGCUCAACAUCACCGGAGGGAAAAUGUUUGCAUCCAGCCCGUACACGGACCCGAUCACAGCCCCUGACGUGGAUCCUCAGCCAGUGGAGACGGGAGGAGAUGGCCUUAUCUGGGUGGUGGGACCUGUUCUUGCCGUAGUCUUCAUAAUCUGUAUCGUGAUUGCGAUUCUUCUCUACAAGAACAGUAAGCCUGACAGCAGCAAACGGAAAGAGUCAGAGCCACGUACGAAAUGCUUGCUGAAUAACGCUGAUAUCACCCCGCACCACCCAACAGACCCCGUAGAGAUGAGACGCAUCAACUUCCAAACUCCAGGUAUGAUGAACCACCCUCCCAUACCUAUCGCAGAGCUGGCUGAGCACACGGAGCUACUGAAGGCCAACGACAACCUGAAGCUCUCCCAGGAGUACGAGUCCAUCGAUCCAGGCCAGCAGUUCACCUGGGAACAUUCCAACCUGGAGGUCAACAAACCCAAGAACCGUUACGCCAACGUCAUCGCCUAUGACCACUCCCGCGUAAUCCUGGCUCCCAUUGAAGGUAUCACAGGCAGUGAUUACAUCAAUGCUAACUACAUCGAUGGCUACAGGAAGCAGAACGCAUACAUAGCCACACAGGGACCACUGCCCGAGACAUUCGGAGACUUUUGGAGGAUGGUGUGGGAGCAACGAGCUGCUACAGUUGUCAUGAUGACAAGACUGGAGGAAAAGUCAAGGAUAAAGUGCGAUCAGUACUGGCCCAGUAGAGGGACGGAGACCUACGGUAUGAUUCAAGUGACGCUCCUGGACACCAUCGAACUCGCUACAUUCUGUGUGCGCACCUUCUCCCUACACAAGAACGGAUCCAGUGAAAAGCGAGAGGUGCGACAGUUCCAGUUCACCGCCUGGCCAGACCACGGCGUUCCAGAGUACCCCACUCCAUUCCUGGCCUUCCUCAGGAGGGUGAAGACAUGCAACCCACCUGAUGCCGGCCCCAUCAUCGCCCACUGCAGUGCUGGUGUUGGUCGUACGGGCUGCUUCAUUGUGAUUGACGCUAUGUUGGAACGCAUAAAACACGAGAAGACGGUGGACAUCUAUGGUCAUGUGACCCUCAUGCGCUCACAGAGGAACUACAUGGUGCAGACAGAAGAUCAGUACAGCUUCAUCCACGACGCCCUGCUGGAGGCUGUUGCCUGCGGCAACACAGAGGUGGCGGCGCGAAGCCUCUUCUCCUACAUCCAGAAGCUUGCUCAGGUGGAGGCCGGAGAGCAUGUCAGCGGCAUGGAGCUGGAGUUUAAGCAUUUGGCAAACUCUAAAGCUCACACGUCUAGAUUUAUAAGUGCCAAUCUGCCAUGUAACAAGUUUAAAAACCGCCUGGUCAACAUCAUGCCGUACGAGACCACUCGAGUCUGCCUGCAGCCAAUCAGAGGCCUGGAGGGAUCCGACUACAUCAAUGCCAGCUUCAUUGAUGGAUACAGACAACAGAAGGCUUAUAUAGCCACACAAGGCCCAUUAGCAGAAACCACCGAGGACUUCUGGAGAAUGUUGUGGGAGAACAACUCCACAAUCGUGGUGAUGCUCACCAAACUGAGAGAAAUGGGCCGAGAAAAGUGUCAUCAGUACUGGCCCGCAGAGCGUUCUGCUAGAUAUCAGUACUUUGUGGUGGACCCCAUGGCGGAGUACAACAUGCCGCAGUAUAUACUCAGAGAGUUUAAAGUGACAGAUGCUCGGGAUGGCCAAUCCAGGACUGUACGGCAAUUCCAGUUCACGGAUUGGCCUGAACAAGGUGUACCCAAGUCUGGAGAGGGCUUCAUAGAUUUUAUUGGGCAGGUGCAUAAAACCAAGGAGCAGUUUGGGCAGGACGGGCCUAUUUCUGUCCACUGCAGUGCUGGUGUGGGGCGAACUGGCGUCUUCAUCACGCUAAGCAUCGUGCUAGAGAGGAUGCGCUACGAAGGAGUGGUAGACAUCUUUCAGACGGUCAAAAUGCUGCGAACGCAACGACCAGCAAUGGUUCAAACAGAGGAUGAGUAUCAGUUUUGCUACCAGGCGGCUCUGGAAUACCUUGGAAGUUUUGAUCACUAUGCAACGUAAAAAGCCAUUUUGUUGCCCUUACCCCACAACCCUCAUCCCCCCACAGCCUCCUGAGCCAUAGAAACUUGCUUGAAAAAAAUGAAACAAUGACAACUAUUCAAAAUUCAAAUAAAGAGAAGUUUAACAACAGGACAUUUUCAAAAAAUCUUUUUGGAACCAAUCAAAACGGCAUUGUGAGUAAUCCCAAUUGGACAGCAACACUAGAAAAGCACGCAAAAGGAUCCCACUAGAAACAAAUCCCUCUACAUCCCAAACUCAUGAGGAGAUCACAAACGUAUUGGCUCUGGCUGCAGGGUGGGAAUGAUCUAGGUGUUGGACCACUAACCUUACCUCAAGUGUUCUGAUGUUGAGGACAUAUGUUGUUUCUUUCCAAACUUACCCUGUGAAUAUUGCAAAACAAACUAAUUGGCCAAAUUCAGAAGUCAAAACUUGCCCACAAUUAAAUUAAAUGGAUAGGUGUUAGCAGCUGAAACUGGUUAGGUAAUUGGUUGACCUUCAGGUUGGUUGGUUGAAUCGGAAAUCCUUCCUCGUUUACCAGGAUGGAAAUAAGCAGAUGCGCAGUUUCCAAAUCUUCAUCAACGUUUCCAAUGAAAGGAUAUCUUUAAGUCUAACUGUGGACCUCUUUGACGGCUUGGAGAGUCUACUCAAGCAGCCAUCUUUGGAGAAGUUGGGGCAUGGGUAGAAACAAGUUGUAAAAGACUUCUUGUGCUGCUCACGUCUUGGGUUAUUUUCUAAGCCUCUCCUAGUGACAUGUUGCCAUCCGGACAAAAUUGGGAGCCACUUAAGAAGCAAUUCAAGGCAAACCAUUCAUCCACUUGAAGAAGUAACUCUCCUCUCGAAACCACUGGAGCUGACAAGAAUCCCCAACGAGAGAGAACCAUACAAGGCAUUGGGGCAUUUAAGGAAAUGGUUGCGUACCAUUUAAAUUGGACCACUUACCGCAUCAGUUUCCCUUGCAGGUACAGACAUAUAAUCUGUGCAUUUGAAGACAUCCUAGCAAACGUUUCUGCCAGUAUAGCGCCAUCCUCCUGUUGGCCAAUAGGAGCAUGACCUUAGGCAGGAAACAUCUGUUGUUACCUGCAGAUUUGGACCAGAGGAACCACUAACAAACUCUCGAGUUUCUUUGGCAACUUUAACUGUUACAUUUGGACUCGUUUCUCCGUUGGCAUGCACCGUGGAUUUGGCAUAAUUGCCACCAGAUUAAGGAUAUGUGGGUACUUCUUUCUUUCGGUAUUUUGGCAUCCCCAGUGACCAACGUUCAUUGCCAUCUUUUCAAGUGAUUUAUUUUUUUUGUCUUACAACUGUUUUUUCAUUUUGUUUCACUCUCUAAACCAAACAUGCUGCUUUCGCUCCAUUAUGCUGUACGUGUACAUGUGAAGAUUUCAAUCUAAUGGAAAGGAUAUGACUUGAGUGAAUGAAAAUGUGAGCCUGUGUAUUGGUCCCACCUUUCCAUCCAUUUCUUGACACCCCCAACGAUCUUCUAAAGAAUGAUACCCUGUUGCUGCCCUGUGUUGCCCUGUUAAAAUCCAACGGUUAAAUAUUCUCAAAAUAGGAUUUCAUCAUCAUGGCUAUCAACCCAUCCCUUGGAUAUUUUAUGAUUGGUUUGUUUUGGGGAGAUGCACCAUCAGCGGAUUUUGACAAAUAGGCAAGAAACGGGCAAUCGUGAUACAUUUGCGACAUGAUAAUUUCUGUACAACUAACUUGAAUCUUCAAAUGUGUUGUUGUGGGUGGGACUAUUCUGCACGCUCAUGCAUAUGCGUAUGAGGGGGAGGAGUCUGCUCCCCACUGAUUAGCUAUGCUUGAGAGUGCUUGAACUAUAGAUUCUGAUUGGUGAGAGGAUGAAAGGAGUCGUGUGUAAUCUUAUUUCCAAAAAAGCCUUAUUCUUGUAACAUCAUAUGAAAAAAAUAUAUACAUUGAUGUUGUAUUAUUUUGAUUAUCUUAGACAUUUGAUUUCUUGGUUUAGUUUUUUUUUUUUUUAACAAAGAUACUGUACUCAUUUUUUUAAUCUGCAAAAAAAAAGAAUAAUAAUGCUCAUUUUGCUCAUAUUAUGUUAAAAGACAUUCUAUUUUUUCACUGUAUAAAUGUUACAUGAGAUGUGUUUGUGUGUAUGUACACAUAAACGAAUGGGACGUGAAUGUAUACAUACACGCUCACAUAUACAGUAUAUUUAAAUGCAGAAUAUAAAGAUGUAUCCAAAUCGUAAUAUGAAUAGCCUUUUUUGUUUGUUUUUUUUUUUUAAGUGGGCUCUUCUUUUUUAUACCACCAUGAAAUGAUGAAUUGCUUGUAUGAAGUCAUGCAUUUUUUUAUUGUUUUUUUAAUAAGUCGAGGAAAUGCAUUUUCAGAAAUUCAGACAUUUUCAGGCAAAGGGUCAAAAAGCCUUCGACUUCCUGUCGUCCCACAACAAAUUACGAUUUCCAUUACCAUUGUUAUCCAGCGGUAGUGCUAGUUUUAACUAAAGUAUUACUUUUUUUUAAAUGUGUAAAACUGGUUUACUAAACGCUAAAUUGAACAAAAUACAAUUACCCACAUUCAGCUUACAAAUUAAGAAAAACAACGAAUUUUCUUUUCGCCCAUCUUUAUAAAAUUUUCAUUUCAAAUUUUUCAAACCACAGAAUGUUCGGUUGUUUGUUAGAUAUCAGCUAUGAUCCUGAAUAUAAUGCCUGUAAAUAAACAAAUAUAUAUAUUAUAUGUAUUUGUAUAAAUUGACCCACAAGAUUUCUGUCUUUGAACAAAACUGAGAUUAAAAAAAAAAAUUUUAAAAAAUGUUAUUGUUAAUAGAAAAACCUUCCACAGUUUUGAAAGAAGCUUUGUCUCACACUAACAGCUAUUUUUAUCUCUUGAUUUCGCUUUUUUCGGAUCCAUUCUUUUUUCCCCACGUCUUUACUUUUUUCUUAUCUAAGCUGCCACAUGCCUCAAAGCCCAGUGGUGAAUAACUAGAGUUCUCCUUUUGCCAUGAGUCUUUGGGCAUCAAUUUUAUUUUUCAUUGUUGUAACUUAAAAGGAUGGAGCGCUCUAAUCUAAAAGGGUUAAUCUCAUGAAAACAUGUCCAGGUCACAUUUCACCCCAAAUUCAAAAGAAAAAAAAAUAGAAUUGAUAUUUUGAAUCAAGAAAUUGAAGACCAUUAAGAUUGUUUGUAUUGUGACAUUGUUUUCAUGAAAGUAAAGCACAUUUACCACCUAAUUCUCAUUACUGUAAGCCAUCUUUGUGAUUUAUCAUUGCAAUGCAGUAAUUUUUACUAAAAUUACUAUAAUGCAAUGAUUUUUUUGGCUUAAGUCAGCAUAAAAGGAGUAUAUAAAUACUUAACAAUUGAAAUAGAAUUUUUUCACAUUACAGUCAUGAGGUUUUUAGCAUUACGCUAGUGAGAAAUGGAUUGAAAAUAUGCUUAAGUGGCAUAAAAACAAUGUCACAAUGAAAACAGUCUUAACAGUACAAAAAACAUGCAUCAUUUUAUUCAUUUAAAAUAUAAUUUCUUAUAAAUAAUGAUUGGCUUCACCCAAAAAUUAACCCUCUUUUUACCCCUACCAAGACUAGAGCAGACAAACCCUUACUUCGCUAGUUGAUUUAGCAUUUUUAUCUCAUUCCAAGUGAUUUUGUUAUUUUAUUUGGAUGAUCAAACAAGGGCUUGCAUGCCCAGUGCCUAUAAAAUGCCAUAUGAACCAUGAGAACAAAUUGCCUUGAAUGGUUGUGUGUUUGGUGAUUGGCUUCACUACAUCAUAGCUAACUAGCAUAGAACACGAUAAAACAGGCUCCUCUCUCACCACUGCCCGUGUUCCAUAUUUUAUCUCAUUUUUCUUUUUAAGUCAUAAUUAAUAGGUCAUUACAAAGCUCUAGAUGUUUACAGAUGCAUGCCAUGUUUAGUUUAUACUUUUAUUUUUAAGUUUUUUACACCGGGGAUUUUUUGUUGAGGGACGAAGUAUGAGAGCCGAGAGAACUUGGAAUCUGGAAAUUCCAGCGCUGCCUUUUAAACUGUUGGGAGUUUUGUGUGUUUCUAACUAACUUUUCCUUGGGAAAGCAAAGGACACUUGUGCAAUUGGACUUUAUGGACUGGUCACAAAAAUCUACAAUGGCAGAGGUGCUUGGAAGUUUGAACAACGUCAAAACCGUUUGUCCUAACGUAAGGAACGUAAGGACCUCGGACAAAAGGAUCCAAACUAACAAAACAUUGGGGUUAACGUAUUAGGGUACAUAAAAUGAAGAACCAGUAUACAAAAAUUAAACGUAUUAACACAAUGGCCAACAAAAAGAAGAGAAAAAAGCCAAAUGUGAAAAUAGUUUUUCUUUGUACGAAGGCCAAGUGAUAUCGCUUUCAAACUGUUACUUCUGAUGGACACAAUAAUUGGUUUGAAACCACUGUGUAUGUAGAUAUGUUGACUUUGUAUUAAAGAAAUGUUGUCUGAAAA